UUUUUUUCGGAGGACGAACCAUUCAAGCCAUUCAAUUAGCUGAGAAGAGUGUGAAAAUAGUGACAUCUAUCUGUGAAGUCCUAAUUUCGAAAUUUGGUAAAAGAUUCGUAUUACGUAUUUCGAAAUGGUGGCGACCUAUAGAGAAUUGACAGCGUAACGCAUUCAUUUCAAACUUCCGUCACUAUUAUAGUUCUUUUCUCCCUCAGCAUCAUGGCCGAUCAGACCGAACGUGCUUUCCAAAAGCAACUUACAAUUCCAGUUGUGCGACGUAAGAACGGGACAACGGGACAACGUAAACUGCGCACUCGUCAUUACCGAGAAGUUGGUUUGGGCUUCAAAACACCAAAAGAUGCGAUUGAUGGUACAUACAUCGAUAAUAAAUGCCCAUUCACUGGAAAUGUGCGCAUCCGUGGUCGCAUUUUGAACGGAAUUGUUCAAAAAUUGAAAAUGCAACGUACCAUCGUUAUUCGUCGUGACUAUUUGCACUAUGUGCGCAAAUACAGCCGUUUCGAAAAACGUCAUAAGAACAUGUCGGUCCAUUUGUCACCCGCAUUCAGAGAUGUUGAGAUCGGGGACAUCGUGACAGUUGGCGAAUGCCGACCAAUUUCCAAAACAGUGCGUUUCAACGUUCUCAAAGUUACAAAGGGCGCCGGAUCGAAGAAGAGUUUCAAGAAAUUCUAGGCUAAACCAAUCAGCCCAUAAUGUAUCCAGCGAUUUAAAGAAUAAAUCAAAUCAAUUGAUUACACAAUAUA